AGAAAAAGAAAUUGGACGGAUUGCGUUUUCCCUUCUUCUCGCCUCUCCUAGUAUAUUUUCGAAUUAGAAAAAUUUGAAGAAAAACGAAUCACCGAAAAUCCAAACAAACAAAGAGAAGAGGAGAGAAAAAGAACAGAGAGAGGACAUGGGGGUUGCAGUGGAAGACAAAGAAGGAGUAAUGGCAACAGAUUUCUUCUGGUCAUAUACUGAUGAACCCCAUGCUUCACGUAGGCGACAGAUCCUCUCUCAAUACCCACAAAUUAGACAACUCUUUGGUCCCGAUCCAUGGGCAUUCCUUAAGAUUACUCUGGUUGUUUCACUUCAAUUAUGGACAGCUACAGUUCUUCAUGAUUCAAGCUGGUUAAAGAUAUUAAUUGUUUCCUACUUCUUUGGUUCUUUUCUUAACCACAACCUGUUCUUAGCUAUUCAUGAAUUGAGUCACAACCUUGCUUUCCAAACUCCUGUCCUCAACCGGUGGCUAGGAAUCUUCGCUAAUCUUCCAAUUGGUGUUCCAAUGUCUGUGACGUUUCAAAAAUAUCAUCUCGAGCAUCACAGAUAUCAAGGAGUUGAUGGCAUUGAUAUGGAUAUUCCUAGCCACACUGAAGCUCAUGUUGUUACCAACAUUCUUACAAAGUCUAUAUGGGUUGUCUUCCAGCUCUUCUUUUACGCAUUCCGGCCUCUCUUUCUUAACCCUAAACCACCAGGAAUGUGGGAAGCCACCAACUUUAUCAUUCAGUUUGGGCUCGACGCGGUUAUGGUCUACUUUUGGGGCUGGAAAUCUCUUGGUUAUAUGAUUCUCUCGACGUUUGUUGGAGGUGGACUGCAUCCAAUGGCUGGUCAUUUUAUCUCUGAACACUAUAUUUUCAAUCCAGACCAGGAAACGUAUUCUUACUAUGGUCCCUUGAAUUUGAUGACCUGGAGUGUAGGUUAUCACAAUGAACACCAUGAUUUCCCAAGAAUUCCUGGGAGCAAACUCCACAAGGUGAAAGAGAUUGCGCCAGAGUACUAUGAAAACUUUAUGGCAUAUAGAUCUUGGAGUCAGGUGAUUUAUAUGUACAUCAUGGACAGAACAGUAGGACCCUUUAGCAGAAUGAAAAGAAAAAUUUCCAAGAAAACUGAGUAGGAUCCUGUUUUCUUAAAUUUUUAGCAUCUGAUUUUUGGUAAUGACAUGAUUCUUCUUCAUUGUUUGUAAUAUUUUCAAGGGGUAUAAAUUAUUUUUUUCCUUCUUCAUUGUUUUUUAACUAUUGCUUGAGAAAUUGAAGUAAUUGUGUAUGA